AAAGCUUUAACAAUACAUAUAUGGGGGAUGGAGCCUAGCUAUUCACACAUACAUAUAUAUCCUCUAGUCUCGAUCUACUGUUCAUAUUAUAUAGUAUAGAUUCAUUCCUAUAAGGCAACACAGUAGAAAUUAUAAUUAAAAGGAAGUUGGUUUGUGUGAUCUCAGCUCCCCUCGCCCUUAGCUUGCAGAUAUUUAUUAUUAUAUUUGGCAAGAAAUUGAAGAUAUGGCGGAGAGGGUCCAAAUCCCGCAGGGGCUGACGGAGGAGGAAUUCGCGGAGCUAGAGCCGUUGAUCCGGCGGUACCACACCUUCGAUCCGGUGCCCAACACAUGCACGUCUCUCAUCACGCAGCACAUCGACGCGCCGGCGAGCGUGGUGUGGCCGAUCGUCCGCCGCUUCGACAAUCCGGAGAAGUACAAGCAUUUCAUCAAGAGCUGCCGGAUGACCGGCGACGGCGGCGUCGGUAGCAUCCGGGAGGUCACCGUCGUCUCCGGCAUCCCCGCCGCCACCAGCACCGAGCGCCUCGAGAUCCUCGACGACGACAACCACAUCCUCAGCUUCCGGGUCGUCGGCGGCGAGCACCGCCUCAAUAACUACCGGAGCGUCACGUCGGUCAACCAGUUCCGCCGCCGCCAAGCCCAGAAUACUACUAAUAAUAAUGGCUUUUACACUGUCGUUUUGGAGUCUUACAUCGUCGAUAUCCCCGAAGGGAACACUGGAGCCGAUACCCGUAUGUUUACCGACACGGUGGUUAAGCUGAAUCUACAGAAACUUGGGGUGGUGGCUAUGGCGGCUUUGCAUGGCGGAGGUGGUGGUGACUGAUGAAUGGUAUAGUUGGGCGGUGCUAUUUUGUAACUUUAUUUAUUCUUACCCUUUUUCUUUUUUUUUUUUUUCUAAAAUAUUUUUAUAAUACUAUUUCCUUAGAGCCUAGUGCAUGGUUUUCUUACAAAGUUGGAAAAAGAAUUAAUCUUGUUUAAA